AUGAUGAAGAAGAUGAGGAAAAGGAAGAGCGAUGAGGCUGAAGAGGACAAUGACGAAGAGGAGGGGGAAGCCGAGUGGGAGGUCGGCGUGGAGGACGUAGUGGACAGAGUGGGACUCCCCGGCAGGGACAGCCCUGAAGCCAACCCCCAGGAAGACUUCUCCGGGGCACGGCGCCUCCAGAACGCCUGGAGGGAUCAGCGGGAGGAGGAGCUGGCCCAGUAUUUCAUGCAGAAAUACGCCACCCCGGCGUCCCGGGAGGUCGGGCGCGGAGCCCCGCGGCAGCCUCCGGACCACAUCGCCCAGCAGAGGCUGCUCCCCGGAAUCCGGGACCCCAAGCUGUGGAUGGUCAAGUGCAAGGUAGGGCAGGAAAAGGCCACGGCCCUGACGCUCCUGCGCAAGUUCUCGGCCUCCCGCUUCAGCGACAGCCCCCUGCAGAUCCAGUCUGUUGUGGCUCCCGAGUACCUCAAGGGCUAUGUCUAUGUGGAGGCCCACAAGCUCUGCCACGUACUGGAUGCUAUCCAGGGCGUGGCCAGCCUGCGCCAGGGCUGCCGGAACCCAAAGCCUGUGCCCAUCGGGGAGAUGACAGACGUGCUGAAGGUGCUGCGGCGCCAGGCCCCCAGCCUGCGGCCCGGGAGCUGGGUGCGCGUCAGGGCGGGCCUCUACAAGGGCGACCUCGCUCAGGUGACCCGCUCCGAGCCCGGUAACGCCGCGGUCUUCCUCAAGAUGAUCCCUCGCAUCCACUACAGCCGCGGGGCCCCGACACCAGGCUUCCGCAAGAGGAAGCGGCUCCCCAGGCCGCCCCAGAAGCUCUUGGACGCACAGAAGAUCCGAUCCCUGGGAGGAAAGCUGUCCAGGGACGGAGACUUCCUCCUCUUCCGGGGGAACCGCUACAGCACCGAGGGCUUCCUCUUCAAGACCUUCCCCAUGUCGGCCCUGGUCACCGAGGGCGUCAGCCCCGCGCUCUGCGAGUUGCAGCACUUCGAGAAAGGACCCGAAGCCCUGCAGGAGCUCGAGCUGAGCGUGGACGACGCUGUAGAGCGCCGCUUCGGGGCUGGAGACAAGGUGAGAGUGAGUGCGGGCGACCUCAUCAACCUGCGGGGCCGCGUGGUGGGCGUGCAAGGCCCCCACGUCACUGUGAUGCCGGAGCACGAGUUGCUCCGGGAGCCGCUGCAGCUGCCCGCCCGAGAGCUGCGCAAGCAUUUCGAGGUGGGGGAGCACGUCCAGGUGCUGGCGGGCCGCUACCGGGGCACCACCGGCUUCAUCCUCAAAGUCGAGCCCAACUUUGUCCUGCUCCUGUCCGACCUCGGCCGGGAGGAGCUCAAGGUGCUCACCCGCGACCUGCGCCUGUGCCCGGACACGGCGGCCCCGGAGGACGUGUGGGGCCGGCACCGCUGGGGAGAGAUGGUGCAGCUGAGCCCCAGCACUGUGGGUGUAGUCGUGGGCCUGGAUGCUGACGUUCUGCAGGUCCUGGACAUGCAGGACCAGGUGGUCACAGUGCGCCGCCAAGCCGUCACUGCCAGGAAAGACAACCGGCUGGCCAUGGCCCUGGACUGUCAGCAGAACAACGUCAACGUCCGGGACUCAGUCAGGAUGCUCACGGAGCAUGGGGGCCUGUUCGCCUGCAAGUGCAAACAUCUUAUGGUGGCCAGCGCAGCCUGGUCCAGCCAGGGUCGCGGUCUCUCUGCAGGGUCUGCAGGUCUGACUCUGGGCCCGAGCCCUUACCCCACCAGUCCCAGACAGCCUGGCCUGGCAGGGCAGGGGCGCGGGACAUUUGAGAGUGCCAGUGCCAGGGGGCCAGGCCGGGGCUCACGUGGCCGUGGCCGUGGCUGGUGGGGUCGGGGCUCCAGGGGCCGGGGCUCGUGGGGCCAGAGCGACGGCCACCCACACAAGGGCCUCCUGGGCCAGUCAGUGCGUAUCUGCCAGGGGGCCUACAAGGGCUACAUCGGGCGGGUGAAGAACGUGAGAGAAGGCGUGGCCCAUGUGGAGCUGCAUUCCACCUGUCAGACCAUUUUCGUGCACCUGCAGAGACUCACCCCCUUGGGCACCUCGAGCCAGGCACUCUGGCCUUCAGACUUGGCUACUCCCACCAGUUCUAGCUCAAAGACACCCACCUACAGCUGCGACUCAGGCAGCUAUAGUCCAAUCCAAGUGGGUGGAGCUUGGGAUCCCACUGUGGGCAACACCCCCUCCUGCCCAUAG